CGGACCGGCCGCAACGACAAUGCCUACAUGUACAUCCUCUUUGUCAUGACGCUUUUCGCCGCCACGGUGGGCAGCCUCAUCCUGGGUUACACCCGCUCCCACAAAGUGGACAAGCGCAGCGACCCGUACCACGUCUACAUCAAAAACAGGGUCUCCAUGAUCUGA